AUGUUAGCCCGCCAACUCAUCUCAAGGGUCACCCGACCUAUCACACUCCUGCCUCACACCCAGCCCAUCAUCACCUCACGAGGCAUCCACGCAACCCCGAUCUCUCCCGCCAACGUCCAAAGGCCAGCCAACGAUUCUAACCUCGUUCCAGCCGCCCCCACCGUAGCCGAGCUUCACACGAUGAUGAACAACCUCCAAAAGGGCGAAGCCGACCCCGUCGUCGUGCACAGAGCCCUCAAGGCCUACGAGGCCGCCUUCAACGCCGACAAGCAAAAGAUACUCGACGGAUUCAGGCAGCAACGCAUUGAGAUACGAGAGUCUCAUGACGCGAUUGACAGGGUGCUAAAUAAGCUUCAACGUCUGCACCAUCGUGUGUAUUACUGGGACGAUAGAAUCGACGAUUGGAUGGCCAAGAUGGACGCCACACCUGUGCCGGAACGUUUCGACUUUCGCCGGGUUUUGCAGGCGGGGCUUUGGAUGCUCAGCGGCGGCACUGCUGUUUAUGUAUGGUCGUCGUAG